CAAAUAAAGGGGCGCGCGCCUUAUCAGUCGUUCGAUCUGAUUCGUGUGGUCAAUAAUUUUUAUCAAAACCCAAAGUAUUGUUUGGAUUUUUUAAAUCAUAAAUAACGGCGAAAUAUUUAAUCUGAAACUGGCAGACGUAGCAUAGAUAUGAAAUAUGAGCGGGUAUAUAAAAAUGGCAGAACAAUGAAAACAGAAUUAUUCAAGUCUUUCUCAUCUAAAGCAUAACAAUGAAGUUCUUAUUUGGUCUAUUGACCGUUUUGUUCCUCGCCGAUGCCGCUUUGGGCCUCACCAUUAUUUCCCGCAAGGAAUGGGGAGCUGCUGCUUCGACCAGCACCUUGGAUAAAUUGGCCAAUGGCAAGUCGUAUGUGAUCAUCCAUCACACCGCCGGUGCUUACUGCUCGACCAAGGCUGCUUGCAUUACCCAAAUGAAGAACAUCCAAAGCUAUCAUCAAAAGACCCAGGGGUGGGCUGAUAUUGGCUACAAUUUCUUAAUAGUUGGUGAUGGUAACAUUUAUGAAGGUCGUGGCUGGAAUGCUGUUGGUGUUCAUGCUUCGGGUUACAACUCCUUGUCUUUGGGUAUUUCCUUUAUGGGCAACUAUAACAACGAUGAGCCCACUGCUGCCUAAAUGAGAAAAAUUCUUUAAAAAAUCCACGUUUAUUGGUCUGUAGGUCCUUGAGAAAAAUUCUUUAUAAAAUCCACGUUUAUUGGUCUGUAGGUCCUUGAGAAAAAUUCUUUAAAAAAUCCACGUUUAUUGGUCUGUAGGUCCUUGAGAAAAAUUCUUUAAAAAAUCCUCGUUUAUUGGUCUGU